CUGGCAGCCAAAAUGAAGUCUCUGGUGUCUGUGUGCUGUUUGGCGGCUCUGCUGGCCCUCGCUGCUGCAGAUCUGCUGGCACGGCCUUCUAUGCAUGAUGAGGAGCCUCUGGUGCACUUACAGCUCCAGCGGCCUGAGGGAGAUCUGUUCUCUUGUGGAUGUGACCCAACAGAGGAACAUGUCAGCCAGAGUUCCUCCAAUGACACUCCGGCCCCAGAGAGGGCAAUGUGUCAGCCCUGCAACCCUCCAUCAGCUUUGAGCAGCCCUGCUGAAGAAGAAGCAUCUUCACACACCGAGGAGGAAGACGACAAGGAAGUAGCCACCGCUGAAGAUGAAGGUUCCGUUGAGGAGGUAGCUGGGGAUGGGGAUGAAGAACAGGAGGAAGUAGGUUCCCAGGAGGAGGAAGAAGAAGAGGUGUCAUCUGAGGAAGAGGCUGGAUCUUCGGAAGAACAAGGUAUUGAGGAGGAGGAAGUAGCUGAGACGACUGUAUCAUCUGAAGAGGAAGUGGAUGUGGUUGCUGAGGAUGAGGCUGCUAGCACUGAGGAGAAAGCUGUAGAGAAAGAAGAGGAAGAGGAGCCUCAGGAAGAUGAUGCAGUGGAAGAAGCAGAGGAUGAACUUGCUGAAGAAGCAGUUGAGGAAACUGUUGAGGAAGCAGUGGGUGAAGAAACACAUGAGGACCCAGAAGCAGUGGAAGCAGCAGCCGAGGAGGAAGUAGCUGUGGAGGAGCCAGAAGUAAUCACAGAACCCGAAUCAGAAUCAGAGGCAUCUUCAGAACCAGAACCAGAGCCAGAAGUGAUAAGAGAGCCUGAGUCAGAAGUGGUUGCAGAACCUGAAACUGAGCCUGAAGCUAUUCUCCAAUCAAAGCCAGAGCCAGAGGUGACUCCAGAACCUGAACCAGAGCUAAGAGCACUUGUCCCAGAAGUGGAGCCAGAGCCUGUUGUGGAGGAGGCUGCUCCAGAACCUGUGGAGGAAGCGGCUGUAGAAGAAGAAGCUGCACCAGUGGAGGCUGUUGUUGAGGAGGCGCCUAUUGUCUCAGAGGAAGAUUCCACCCUGCGGGACCGCUCCCACAUUGAGGACACGCUGCGCCUGGCCAUCACUGAGCCCUCAGCAAAGUUCUCUGCGGCCAUGAAGAAGCUGUUGGACAUUUACCACACGGCCAUCAAGCCACUGGAACAAAUCUACAAGUACAAUGAGCUCAGGCAGCAUGAAGUCACAGAUGGUGAGAUCACCUCCAAGCCCAUGGUGUUGUUCCUGGGACCCUGGAGUGUGGGCAAGUCCUCCAUGAUCAACUAUCUGCUGGGUCUUCACAGCACCUCCCAGGAACUCUACACAGGUGCUGAGCCCACCACUUCAGAGUACACAGUCGUGAUGCACGGAGAGAAGAUCCGCACGGUGGAGGGCAUUGUUAUGGCAGCGGACAGCUCAAGGUCUUUCUCACCCCUGGAGAAAUUUGGCCAGGGAUUCCUGGAGCGGCUGGUGGGCAUCGAGAUGCCCCACAAGCUGCUGGAGAGGGUCACCUUUGUCGACACGCCCGGCAUCAUCGAGAACCGCAAGCAGCAGGAGAGAGGUUACCCCUACAACGAGGUGUGUCAGUGGUUCAUUGAUCGGGCUGAUCUGAUCUUCCUGGUGUUCGACCCCACCAAGCUGGACGUGGGCGGGGAGCUGGAGAUGCUCUUCAGACAGAUGAAGGGCCGCGAGUCCCAGAUCCGAAUCAUCCUCAACAAGGCUGACAAUCUGGCCACCCAGGACCUUAUGAGGGUCUACGGAGCCCUGUUCUGGAGCAUGGCACCCCUGAUCAAUGUCACAGAGCCUCCCCGGGUCUAUGUUAGCUCCUUCUGGCCUCAGGAAUACGCCCCAGAAACCAGCCACGAGCUCUUCAAGAGGGAGGAGAUCUCUCUGCUGGAGGACCUCAACCAGGUGAUUGAGAACCAGCUGGAGAACAAGAUUGCCUUCAUCCGUCAGCACGGCAUCCGUGUGCGCAUCCACGCUCUGCUGGUGGACCGCUACCUCCAGACCUACUACGACAAGCUGGGCUGGUUCGGCAACCCCUAUGAGGUCCUCCAAGACAUCGUCUCCGAUCCGGACAAGUACUACAUCUUCAAGUCCAUCCUGGCCAAAACCAACGUCAGCAAAUUCGACCUGCCCGACAAGGAGGCCUACCAGGACUUCUUCGGAGUGAACCCCAUUGCCAGCUUCAAGCAGCUCUCCUACCACUGCAGCUGGUCUGGUGGCUGUCUGCUGGACAAGAUAGAGAAGGCCAUCUCACACGAGCUCCCAGCUCUGCUCAGCGGCAUCAGUAAGGCCUCAGACACGCCUGCCCCAGCUAAGGCUGCCUCAGGGCCUCCGCCCCCUCUCCCUGGCACCUGUGAGGGCCCCGGCUGUGAAGAGAAGCCCAAGAACCGCUGGCGGAGGCAGUGAGAUGGAGGAAGGAAGGAGGAGGCAGAUGGCGGUAGCCAGAAGCUUUCCUUAAAUGAUCCCCACUACUGUAUUUGUGUGGACUGGAUGUGGGGGACUGAGCAGAGAGAGAGAGAGAAAUGGAGAGAAUGGAAAC